AUGGUCUCCGACGAGCUACUGGAGAAAUGUCUCCCGAUCCUCCAGGACCUGGAUUUAGAUGAAGAAGAACAGGUGGAAAAAGUGGAGGAUUUCUUGCGCGCCAACGCAACACUGUCAGGUCCGCCGCUGGAGAAUGCGGUAUUAGACAUCCUCUGGCGGCAUCGGAACCGCAAUCAACCAGACUCGUCCCCUCCUGCUCGGCAUACAGUGAUUCGCCGCUCAUCGCCUGCGCCAUGGCAGAUGGCUCGAGCAUCAACACCGUUAUCGCCUCAUUCAAACCUCGGAACAAGUCCUGGGAGUACCUCGUGGGUGCAAAGCUCGCGCGGGGCAUUUGCGCGGCCCCCGCUCUCCUCAACCGUUUCACCGUUUACCUCCCCACGGCCAUCUCCACGGCUUGCUCUUGCGCAGCCCAUACCUCAUUCGCCAAAUCUAAAUGCCUACGAGUUUUCGGACCAGAGUCAGAUCUCGGAUUUCUAUGGAGAUCUUGGGAGCGAUAGCAAUAUUGACUGGCUAGUCGCUGAUGAUGCCAACAGCACGACCUCUUCCGCGGGUGGUCUCAGCACGCCUGGGGCUCUCAGUGCCACUGCGGUCGAAUUUGUGCCCGAUAUGAGCCCACAUGAUAUUCUGCGUACGGUGCUAGGCGACAAACGAUCGAAUGAUGAAAUCGAAGCAGCUUUGGAAGCCAAUAGCUAUGAUCUCGGGGCCACCAUUGCAUCCCUCUCGCAGGAUCUGGAGACUGAAGCAAUUGCAAAGCAGCACGAUGACGGUCGUGUCUUGGUUGGCAAAUCCAUGACGAUGGAGCAAGUGCGUCCAGUCACUCCAUUAGGUAGUAGUCGCAGUCCUGUGGUCUGUAAGUACUGGCUGUCCACCGGUCAGUGCCUCCGAGCAGAUUGCCGGUUCAGCCAUGACUUGACCACCCAUGUUUGCAAAUACUGGGUCAUGGGAAAUUGUCUAGCUGGUGACGGCUGUCCCUUUUCGCACGAUCCUUCGGCGCUCAUCACCAAUCUCAGCGUCACAGAUGGCAGUCGGCCAAGUUCACCACUUAAUGGCUCACCAUUCCAGGUAGAUAGCGGCUCUGAUGCAUUUCCGCCCCUGGGACCCGCAGAUCCAGGUGAUCAGUGGGCAAACCAGUAUAUCGGAAGAUAUCCUAGUCAUCUUUCUGCUUACCAGGCAAACAAAUAUGCCCCUCCAGGCUUACAUCCCGGAAUGGGUAGACGAACUGGAAGCGCAACCCACCUGGGUCGGCCCAACUCUCGUCCAAAUAGUCGUCAUCAGCACCGGGAAUUGAAUCCCGCAGCUCCAUCUGUAGACGACCCAGAUGCCUUCCCAACGCUUGCCGCGGGCAGUGCAAAAAAUGCUGGAAAGAAACACCAUGGCAAGCGAGGAGGCCAUAACCGCGACCCAAAUUCGAGCAAAGAAAACAUCCCUUCAUCCUUAGCUGACGUUGUUCGCAUGACUCCUUCUCCUGUCCCGGGGAAGAAAUCGGGCAACAGAAACAAAGACACAAAGGGCCGUGAGAACAGCGCCGCAGCUCAGUCGAUUUUACCUCCACAGAACAUCCCUUGGCUUGAGACUGGUAGUCGGGCCAAUCAGCAAUACAUCAAGUAUCGAACAGAGGCAAUUCGCCAUGGCACCGUUCGAAACAAGUUCCUCCAAAGCGCUGCUCAAGCGUGGAAUAGAAACGAUGCACGAGCUGCCAAAGCAUUAUCGCUACGAGGCCAAGCAGAGAAUGAUGCGAUGCGCAGGUGCCACCGUGAGGCUGCACGUCAGCUUUACGAAGAGCGCAACUCGCAUCUCACGCACAAUGGCCUUGAUGGGUCUUCCGAGGAACUCUAUAUUGAUCUGCAUGGUCUCCAUCCAGAGGAAGCCAUCGAAUACCUGGAGAAGAUUCUCCUCAAACAUGCAAGAGAGGGUCUCCGGGUAGUCUAUGCCAUCACAGGCACAGGGCACCACUCAAAGAACGGCAAGGAUAAAAUUGGCAAGGCCGUCAAAGCAUGGCUCAACGAGUGGCGUUAUCUCUUCCGGGAAUUCAGCGUCCCCGGUGAACGAGGCGGUUAUGUUGGAGGCAUUCUCGGCAUAGAUCCCACCAGCUAUGACAAGUCGCUGGCCAAAGAUCUGGCCAGGGAAGAAUCGGAGGCAAACGCUGGCGGAGAUCCUCCUGCCCUGGCCAUGGGCAAGAUUCAAUUACUCAAGCGCGAAGACAUAGAACCUUAA